ACUAUUGACUUGACAGACAUUCGGUUCAUGAAUUUUCAGUGCUCCGAUUUUUGUCAGUGUCAUUUUAAGGCUCGCAAUUUCUUGUAAAGAUUUGGCGAAGUAGCCUUGAAAAAGCCAGUUUAAUGUGUUUGAAUAUUCUAAUGCCCGUUGGUGAAAGAUUAUUGAUUCGAGAUAGUAUAUUUUGAUCUUGAAAUGGUUACAAUAUGUAAAUAUUUCCACUCGUGUAAACCUGUCAACUAUUUUAGUUUUUACGAUUAAAGUAAUGCGAAUUGUCAAAGGAAACUGCACAAUGUAGUUAAACCCUAGAUUUUUUUACUGAAUGGGUGGUUGACUUUUAUUACAUUUGACCAAGGACAUGUACAUAAUAAAUCAUCGUCACUCACGCCAUUCGUCAAUAUCUGCGGGCUCCAUAACAUGCUCUCCUUCUGGCGAUGAACACCUGACCAAACCAUGGAGAAUCGUGGUGGAUGGGGUGAACGCGUACCAGGUGCUGCUGGAAAUGUUACAGUUGAUUCGCAGAUGGAUCAUGAUCGAGUACGGAAGGAGUUUUACGCCACCUACGACGUCAUGACGGGUGUGCGCAUAGCUGCUACACUUGGCGGCUUUUUCGCAUUAAUGGUUUUUUUGAUCGUCUACAAAAGCCGAAGUAAAUCGGUGAAGGCUUUAAAUGACCCAAAACUUGUCGAACUUGCUGAAGCUGUUGUAGCCGAAGAACAAGCAGUUGAAGAAGAAAGACAACUUACAGCUGCUCUCGAAGAAGCGCUAUCAGAGCGAGGGCGGUCGCGUCCUUCCAUUGGCGAAGAGCCACCGUGGCCACGGACCUCACGUUUUGCAUCGUAUGGCGGUGGCUAUGGUAGUUUAUUGACACCCUCACGCCGGCUUUCUACAGCCCGUGGCGAGUCUCUACCUGGAUCCGCGCUACGAUUCGCAGAGCGUCGCGCAUCUGGAGGGCCACGCGACCGUCGACUUAGUUCGGUCACUUGCUCUAGCUCCGGAAGUUCGUAUCUAGAACGACGGGGUUCUUCAGUGGUCUGUGCAUUGCCGGAAAGGCGUUUGUCGCCUUGCCCAAGCGAGCGACUAGCCCCAUUGGCGUCAGUUGGUAGCGUAGGAACGUCCUACGUCGUGGAAUGUGAAUUAGUGUCUGUUGGUGCGGACUCUGUAUUCGCUGAGGACGAUGACUCCACCGAUGAUGAGGUGGAACAGUUUUCAACUGACAGCGGUGGAGGUGAGCACGGCGUAGCUGGCGAGAGCACGGAGCUCUCAUGCCGGCCAGCGCCGCCGCUUCGCAUUGACCGGGUCUCACAGUCGCGGGAAACGUUGUUUUAGUCGCCGUCGUAACUCGUUGGCCGUUGAUGUUACUCGCACAUUAAAAUAUCGACUUUUCCAGAAAUGUUUAAUAAUGUGGUUUUUUAACAUAUCACGCAGACCUUGUAAAUAUUGACAUAUCAUUUUAAAUUGACUAAAUGGAGACAAAAUUGUCUGAAUAAAUAUUGAUAUGGAUGAUGUUUCUGUAAGCCUAACGGGUCUGUCAUGAUUGGAACUAUAAAAUAUAAUUGAUUUAUUUCGUUAGGUUUGUGAAAUUUGCUUAAGACAUGCACACGUACAAAAACUCCACUAAGAAAGUGUCGAUAUUUUAAUAUGUAAAAUAGAAUGUAAAUAUAGUUUGUUUUUGUUAUUAAUUGAUGUUUCAUGUUAAUGUUUCAGACCAUGAUACAGUUACGAAUUUUCAUUACUUACAAAUAGGUGAUCAAAUAUAUUUUUGCUCAUGUAUUGUUGCGCUAACCGUUUAUCGGUAUCGGUGGUUGAUCUGCCUGCAUUAACAUUAUACGAGUAACGAAGCUGACUUAGUCACCAUUUAGUGUUCUUUGUAAGUGUAUGAUACGUACAUACUGAUUAGGUAAAGAUCUGCCGAAUUAGUCGUUUAUAGGCACUUUUAUGUACUUAUUUACUUACCAUGACUAGAUGUUAAAUAGUUUUCGAAGAUUUGUCUGAUAUUGGCCAAUCUAUUUACAAUAUUUUCAAUUCUUCGUCGGGCUACAAUCGCUGCUUGCGAUUCUAACAUUACUCAGAACGACUGUUUUAACUUUACUAAUUCUGCAUCGCUUCUGUGUGCCAAUAGUAGACUGUCGUCGUUAAAUGUCACUGCUGCGACCCGUCCGUCUUUUUUGUAGGUCGUUAUAUAUACAAAUGGGGUUACUGAUGGGAAGUGAAAGUUUUAUUUUAUGACAAUGACAACUACUUAAAUGGUUAGAAAAUGAGCACUAUCUCAUGCACUAUUACACAAAAUCUAUUCAAAAAAUACAAGAUCUAAAAUUACAUGCAAUUAAGUCGACAGAACGUCGAAAUAACGAGAACAUUCGUUUGUAUAUCCGCUACCUGCCAAACUCGUUUUCGUGUGAAAUUACUUUGUCCUAUUUUAGGCCAAAGUUAGGCCCAGAUGCGUCAGAAAAAAAAUAUUAAACAUAUUAAUUAUUUACAUUAAUAAUUUAUCAACGGGCUUACUAGCGCCACUGCUAAAUAAUUGUGGUUAUUUAAAUUUGACGAUGGAUAUUUAAAAACCGGCCAAGAGCAUGUCGGGCCACGCUCAGUGUAGGGUUCCGUAGUUACUCUUCGGUCACAAUAAGCUAAACUGGAGCUUAAAGUAUAGUAAAUUGUUAACCAAGGGAUGAAACGGUACCUUUCACCCGAGUUAAACAAAUAGGCAAAUUUGCAUAAUCAGUACCUAAUUAAAGUAAGUCUUUUUACUAUGAAGGGAAACUUUUUGCGAUAACUCAAAAACAGCUAAACUGAUCAUGUCUGCUAUAGUUUUCAUUUAAUGUAUUUCUUAAGCUCUACUUUCACGAUUUUUUCAUAUUUUUUGGACCUAUGGUUCAAAAGUUAGAGGGGGGGGGGGGACACAUUUUUUUUUCUUUCGGACCGAUUAUCUCCGAAUAUUUUCACUUUAUCAAGAAAUGUUUGUUGAAGACCCCUAUUAGUUUUGAAAGACCUUUCCAACGAUACCCGACACUGUAGGGUUGAAGCAAAAAAAAAAAAAUUCACCCCCAAUUUACGUGUAGGGGAGGUACCCUAAAAAAAAUUAAAUUUUUAGAUUUUAUUGUACGACUUUGUCGGCUUUAUUGAUUUAUAUAUCCAUGCCAAAUUUCAGCACUAACGACCACGGAGCAAAGCCUCGGACAGACAGACAGACAGACGGACAUGGCGAAACUAUAAGGGUUCCUAGUUGACUACGGAACCCUAAAAAGGGGACCGCUACGUACUGUAUUUUGUAACGGCCGUUUUUGUUUUGACUUCAUAGAUCGACGAAUCCCGCAACACAAAAACUAGUUUGAUGUAUUCAAAAGGUACUUAAUUACAAAAUACAGUACGUAGUGGCCCCCCUUUUUAGAUAUCUAUCGUUAAAUUUAAACAGUCACAAUUAUUUUCCAGUGGCGCUAGUGAGCACGUUGAUGGGCUCUUGACCUAGUUUUGCCGAAAUAUGUACAGUCGGAAUGAAUUUGGAAUUAAGUAAGUAAGUAAAUAUUCUUUAUUGCACCAACAAUUAUACAUACAAAUCAAUUAUUAUUAUUAUUAAAAUACAAAUCGCUAACCUGUAAUAGUUCUAUCGUAUUAUAAAAUAGGCGUGGCAGGCAGUGACAUUGCCGUGUAUGUGGCGCAUUUUGAUCGAACAUGUCUGUAAUAAAAAUGUAGAUAGAUACUAACUUGUUGGUAUAGUUGUCAGUAAAAAGUCAAUUUGAAAAUGUGUAAUUGUAUUAUAUUUAGUAUUGUUCGUAUCUACCCUUAAAAUUUAAAGGGCUCAUAAGACCAAUUCGUCCUUUGAACAAUAAAAACGCUAGAAGCGGCCUAAAAUUUGCUCGAACCAAUCUCACAUUUCCAAAUAAACUGCCACUAUUCUUGUUUAGUAAAGCAGUUAAAGUUAGACCAAUAUAACUCUGCAACGAUUUUGACAGCAUAGACUGCAAGUGCUAUAUUGAAGUUUGACGUUUAAACCCAGAACCCUUGCACAGUCUGGGGGCUAUUAAAAUUGCUGCAGACUUAUCUUGUUCUAAAUCUAUUAGAUCUACACGGUUGCCGGGCCGGGCAGUCGGGGCCCGUCCGGUCCGUUUCAUGAGAUUACAGAAAAUUUAACAAUAUUUGAAAUGUAAAAACUCAUGAACUAGAAAUAUCGAUUGUGGAAAUAGAUUUAUUUUUAAGUAUAUUGGUAACAUGGUAACGGUGUCCGGGUAUUUCGUGGAACAAAAAACUACUGUUUUAGGAUGGCAGCAUCCGUUGACCGGCUCCCGUUCGCAAGUGCCCGGCAACCGUAUAGAUCUAGAGUAAGACCAAGAUAAGUUGGUAGCGUCUUGAUAGCGCAGCCUUUGCAAGGUUUAAGUAAACGUCAUAAUUUCGUAGAAGUUUGACGUUAACACUUGAACUGUCUGGGCUGCCAAAAUCGCUGCCAACUUAUCUUGGUCUGACUCUAAUAACCGUUUAAUAAAUGUUAACGGACACUGAAGUUUUAUUGACUCCAGUUAACCGCUGACAUCGCCACGCGCGGUUCGAUUUAAGGUAGAUUACCUACACACUAAGUCGUUUUUAUUACAAUUUAGAUUUACGUGUUAGUUUAUGUAACUGUUCGUUGCUCGAAUUAAAAAGAGCUCCCGGUAGCCUGUAAAAUGUUGAAAUGUAUGUAAAAAAAAUGUAAAUAUAAAACACAAGUCA